AUGUCGAUCAAGCUCCACAAGCCGGAUGAGGUGGAGGUCCUGAGCACCAAAGACACGAAGCUCAUGGAGCAAUUGUUCCCGGACAUGGAACCCAAUCCGGACGGCCUUAACGGCGGCAAACCGCCAAUCGAUUUCGACAAAGAGUUCAACAAGCUAGCGACGACACUCCGGGAGGGGGAGCCCAGCGUCAGCCGACAGAUCCAGGCCCUGACCGACGAGCAGGCUGGGCUCGGGCCAUUUCCCGCAUUCCGAAUGCUGACCCGACCCUUUAUGACGAGACUCGCCGGGCAUCGCCGUGGCUGCUUGGCACCUCGCCAGGUCCUUCUGCGCGGUGGUUAA